UAUUAAAAGCAGGGCUAGCUGAGCACUGAAGGAGGAAGGCCCAGAGUGGAAGAGGAAUGCUAGAUGGCCAGCGUGACACGGCGUCCCAGUUGGACAGUGUGAAGGGCGACAGUGGGAGACGCUGCCUGUUAUCGACCGCCGGGCAGAGGUGUACCUCUGCCGGCAUAUUUACUCCAACCGAAGCUUCAUCUUGGCGCGCCACUGUGCCAUCCUCAGUGAAAGGUCUCCUUGGCUCGUGUGUGGUGAUCCCCUGCUCUUAUAACUACCCAGAUCCAAAAACCAAUACCACAAGCUUUACAGGGAUUUGGUACAAUAAGAAUAAUCAAGUCAUCUGUCAUUCGGAUAAAUCUCAAACUUCGGGUCGGACAAAGCUGCUGGGAGACCUCAGCAAGAAGAAUUGUUCUCUGAUGAUUGAAGAUCUUCAACAAAGUGAUGGAGGGCCUUUAUAUUUCCGGAUUGAAAUUAAAGGCUAUAACCGGUACUCCUACACAAAUAACAAAGUCUCUGUUUCAGUCAGUCAACCCGAUUUAUCUGUGCAAGAGGAGGUAAAGGAGGGUGAGAAUGUGUCUGCAUCCUGCUCCGUGUUUCACUCCUGCCCCACAUAUCCACCUUCUUUCAUCUGGAGUCACUCUGGAGAGCAGCACGAUCAAACACAGCAGCUUCAUGAAGGCCAGUGGAACUCAACAUCUACUCUGACCUUUCACCCAAACCGCUCUGAUCACAACAAGCCUUUAAAAUGCAAAAUAACAUACCAUAGAGGGCUGUACGUGGAAACAUCUAAGAUACUUCAAGUAAAAUAUGCCCCUGACAUCAAGACUUCCUCAAAGUGCUCCUCCGAGGGCGGCGUGGUAAAGUGUGAGUGCAUCGUAGAGUCCGAGCCUCCCAGCAUGGUCUAUUUUAUUCUUGGUGACAGAGUCAUGCAAAGCAGCAAAGCAGAGAAAAAUGGCUCUGUUACUAUUGAGACUCUGCAGACAGACUUUGGGUCUUUCAGCUUUGUGCACUGCCUGGCAAACAACAGGCUGGGAUAUGACAACAUCUUACUCUCUUUACCUGUUAAAGACAACAUGCAGAAUAUUCUUAUCUCGUCUGGAGCAGGUGUGAUUUUGCUGAUUAUUUUGAUAGGAAGUGGAGUGGGAGUUGUUAAAAAAUGCAGGGGGAGAUCAAGAGACGCAACAACCACUAACUUGAGCACCAUGAUGUCAGACAGACCUGUGGAGCUCCCUCAUAGUGGCCCAACAAAAAGGAAAAUGAGCCGUAAGAACAUCCCUUCCCCUGACAUGUACACCAAUUAUCCUGUCUAUGGCAACGUAGGGAUAAGUAAUGUUUUCUUCAUUAGUUCAUUCAUAUUGUGCAUGCAUGAAAAAGGGGAGUGAAUUAAUCUUGUUUCUCUGUGCAGACUGACUGGGAUGAGUCAAUAUACGCCAAUGUGUAGCAUGUGGAAGACCAGCUGCAGUCCAUGUUUGUGUCCUCUAUAUAUGAGUUAUGAACGAGUCAAUUUUUUUCCCAAUCUCAUUCAUUUUUCAAUAUUUAUCACCUACAUCUAACAUAUAUAAUUCACAUUUUAUUUGUAGAAUACAAUAAGUAAAUAUUAAUGUCUAAAACUGUGAUAAUCUUAUGAUUCCUGUUAUAAACUGCAAAAAACUGGAAGAAGGUCAUUUCAUCAGAAAUCAGGUUUUUGGGGGUUUUUCUGUCAUUUGUAAAUAUUUUGUUUAUGAGAGAUGGCACAAUAUCAUGUGAUCCCAUUAAGUCUGGUGAUUUUAGUUUUGUUUUUGUGAGUUUUUUUUUUUUAAUUCCUGUGAACAGUUCCUCUAUCCAAUCUUUAAAUGACGCAGUGCUGCCACCUGGAGCUUAUUUCUCUC